CUACAACAACUACUAUACUUUAUCAAAGAAAACAAACCUCAUUCUUUUUUUGCCUAUUCCUUGGUGACAAAUUGACUCUUGUUUUCGUCUUUUUUUUCUCUUUCUUUUUUUCGGUAGAAAUGGAGCCCCAAUUUGUUUGCAUGGAAAAACAGCUCGCGGAGACGGAUGUCAAUCGCAACUUAGAAGUACGCAACCAGGCACGGUUUUUGCCAGAGGGAAAUGGGAUCAUGCUUAUAACUGACCGAGAUAGAAAGACAUAUGAAUUCGUAGCAUCAAGAAGGAGAAGUGGGAGGCGUUCUCUGACGCGCCAGUGGAUCGAUUUUGCUGCAUCAAAGGGUCUUCGAGCCGGUGAGUUCAUAAGGAUUAAUUGGACAGGGCAUGAGAAUCACUAUGAGGUGCAGGCGGCGAACCCUACAGACACAGCCAAACAUUUAUCCUUCCCUCUUCAUCUUCCCCGGAGUACACCACUGCCUCCCACUAUCACAUCACCUGCAAUAAACGCCGUCAACAUAAGAAAGAGAGAUAAAGAGACUUCGGACACUGUCCACUCCGUCGGGGCGGUGGUGGCGUCGAUUUCAACUGCUAUAAUCCGGACACUGUGCACUCCGGCGGAGAGACUUGGAGAGAAUGAGAAACGUUAG